AUGUCGCGUCCCCUCGCUGGCCCAUCGCCGCUGGGUGGCCCGAGUCCUCGCCCCGGCCCGAGCCCACGGACUGGCCCUUCCCCACUCGGCGGACCGAGUCCUCGGCCCAUCAACGGCCCCAGUCCCCGUACAGCUCCCAGCCCACGAGCAGCUCCCAGUCCCGUCGCCUCUUCCGGCGCCGCCGCCGUCGCCCAGCGCAACCUCUCCACUCCGACUCGCCCGUCACCAGUUAGCUUAGCGGGUCCCAGUCCCCAGGGAUCCAGCCCCAGUGCGCUGAAGCGCGGCGCAGGUCCCGCCGAUAAGCAACGAGAUCCCAAGAAGCCCAAGCUUGCACCGGGUCCCUCAUGGAUUGUUGACAAGGUGGAAGUCAUGCAGCAGCAGUACAAGGGUCGUGUGAUCAGAAGGCUGGCGACGAAGCCGGACGAGGAAUCUGUCGCACGGACAUGUGCUGACUUCCAGGAUGCCCUGAUAGCCGCGACGAUGAUUCUGCAAUAUCAGGCCGACAGCCGAGCGAUCGGAUACAAGUCGAAGACGCCGCGGAAGCUCGAGCUUCGACUAGAAACGGCGUGGCGGAACUACGAUGCUGUGCGACGACAGGUGGAGUGGUUUAUCGCGCAGAAUGUGGAGUACGCGGCCGCCCCGGAGAAGUUCAUGAAGGCUCGACCCCCGCCGUUGCCCCUCGCACCCAUGACUUUACCGACCCCAAGCCCAAGCAUCCCAGCACACAUGCAGGGCAACACGCCAAAGGCCGCUGCUGCCGCAUCUCCGAUUCAGCUUGGCGCUGCCAGUCUGCUGUCGAACCAGCCGGCGCCGCCGGCAAGUGCAAGCGUACCUGGAGGGUUUCCCGAGGGCUUGCUUGACGGCAGCCUGAACUUGGACGGCAUGAACAUGGAGGAGCUGAAUGCUUUCAUCGGCGGUGCGCAGAACGGCAAUGUCAAUGGCGGCAACGACAUGAACAUGCCGCAGCAGAUGCAGGUCCCGGACGUCCCGCAGAAUACGGACAACCCGCCCGAUCAGACCGCGAUGACGCCGAACACGUCCAACCUGCUCAACACACUCCAGGGCAACACGACCGACGCCGCGCAGAACCCGCAGGCGCAAUCGCAACCCCCACAACCAGCUGGCGACUUCGAGUUCAACUUUGGCGAGAACGGCGGCGUCGACCUGACCUCCAUCGACUUGAGUGCGUUCGACGAUCUGUUCCCCGAGGACUCGACCGUUGGCGAUGCGAUGGGCGCGCCCGGCAGCGCUCCAGACGCGACCGCGCCUGCACCCGCGAACGAGGAGAAGAAAGAUGAUCAGCCUCCAGCUGCUACCGCGGAGCAGCCUGCGGCGACUGGAGACCAGAGCCAGACCCAAAACGGACAGCAGCAGCAACAGCAGCAACAACCCCAGGAGCAGCAGCAGCAACAACAGCCCACACCGCAACCGCCGCAAUCGGCAUCGCCGCAGAAGCCUGCUACACCAGCUCAACCUGCUCAGCCCGCCCAGCCGCCCGCCGAGAGUGCUCCCCCGGCCCAGCCCGCUCCCGAUGCUGCACCUCCUCAGCCGGCUCCUGUCCCCGUCGCCGCAGCUGCAACCGAGCCUGCCCCGGUCCCGGAUCCUGUCCCCGUCCCUGUGCCCGAGCCCGAGCAGAAGACCGACGACACGAGCAACGGUCUCGGUGGCUUCGACACGGGCAAUGGUAUCGGCGACAUGGACCUCAACUUUGACGAUUUCAACUUUGGCGACAUCAUCCCGGACGUCAACGACCCCGACUUUGAGAGCAUGUUCGCAGAGUUCGAAUGA